AUGGCUGAAGGUGGGCCUCUACCAGGUGAUCACGUGAACAAAGACAAUACUGCCUUAUUGGCCGAUCAACUUCUCGAAUGUCCUAUUUGCAUGGAACAGAUGCGGAAAGCGAAGUCCCUUCCUUGUUUACAUUCCUUCUGUGAGGAAUGUCUUAGUACCUACAUCGUCACAGACUUGUCUGGUGAGAUGGCCGCCAUGACGUCAAUCCCCUGCCCUGUAUGUAGGAAGAUCACAUCGCCUGUCAACCACUCUGAGGGUAAAGAGAUGUGGGCACAACAUUUUCCUGCUAACAAUUUAAUUCAGCAUUUGACCAAACAAAAAGAAAUGGCGGGUACUCCACUUUAUUGUGGCCCUUGCAAGAAGACGAAAAAUAAGGAAACACCAGCAAAGUUUCUGUGCAGAGGAUAUGAGAAAUUGUUUUGCGAACACUGUAAGAUUAAUUUCCAUGAUAUCGUCCACGAUGUAUGUGACAUUGUAAAUCUCAAUGAGGCAAAUCAUGACGUGACAAGGGGAAAACAAUCGGCAAUAACAUGUUCGAAACACAAUUUGAUGAUGGACUAUCAUUGUGAGAAUCAUAAGCAAAUCGGAUGCAAGAAAUGUAUCAUCACAGAGCAUCGGCAAUGUGACGAAGUAACGACAAUCAAGGAGUAUUGUGAAACGAAGAAGAAUAACUUAAGGCUUGAUGACAUGGAAAGGUCUCUCACAAAAGCAGCCAACUGCAUAGAGUUAAUGGUAAACGCUUUUGACCAACAGGUAGAAUCUUUGCAGCGAUGUCAGGAUGUUGGUUUAAGCAGUAUUUCAGAUCACCGACAGAGAAUCAACACAUAUCUCGAUAAGAAACAGGAGGAGAUAACUCAAGAAAUGAUUUCAAAAUGCAAAGCUGAGAAAGCCAAGGUUGAUUUAUCUAAGCAGAAGUGUAGCCGACUGAGGGUCGCUAUUCAGAACACAAAGGAAGCAUCACAGACGGCCUUGCGGAUGGAAGACCACCUGGGGAUGAUACAACUGUUCCAUAGAGGUCAGACAGAGAUCGGGGCUUGUAAUGACCUUAUUGACGAUAUCUUUUAUCCAUUGAAGUCAGUAUCUAUAAACCACGACCUGAACACCAACCUGUUUACAACAAACCCAAGCACUACUUUGCCUUUGGGAAGCAUUCUCGCAAAGGAGCAACCAUUUAGCAUACCUGACG